AUGGUCGUCGAGGAAGACGAAACCGCCGAUGGCGAUGUCUUUGUCAAGAAAGAUGAAGACGGGGAAGCUGAAUCGCACGAAGCUGCUCCCGACACUUUCGAGGAGCUUCCCAUAGAGAUCCGGAGUCUGACCGAGAGAUUCCUCGAGUCGCUCACGGCCAAAGUCCACCCCGCCCCCCUCUCCAUUGACAACCUAUCCGACCUCUUCCAAGACUUCUACACCCGCGCAUCCUCCAAGAUCAACACCCACAUAGCGACACUAUCUGCACGUCUGACUAGCGAUGAAUAUACAUCCAAGAAGGGUUCAGCUCCGCCGAGCAGACCAGGCUCGAUACGUCAAGGAAGCAACCACUCUGGCGAACAACAGAUGCUCAGUGCUUCUGAGAUGGCAGACCGCAAGAAGGCGAGGAAGUCGUUAGAAGCAAAACGCCUGGCUUUAGAAGAGGCUGUCGAGCGAGCAGUGUGCGAGAAGAUGUACAGCAGGAUAUGGCGGCAUCGCAGCACUGACGACGAGGAAAGAGACCACAAGCUUCGGUCUCGAACUGCUGCACUCUCGCUCGUUGGCAUUGGGUUGAAAGAGCUGCUGAUGACUAGCGAUGAAAUGACAGAAGAGGAGCGUCAAAAGACAAAAGAGAAAGAACCCGAGAUUAGGGAGUGGCUCUCUACCGCAAGACAGGACAUCAUGAAGAUGAACGACGAGAAGUAUCCACAGGGGAAGGUGCAGCACCUGACCGCAGCUCACAAAUCCAUUGUGGAAGCUCUGUCCAAGAUCUUUCCUGCCACUUCAUCUGCUGACGAGAUUCUUCCUACCCUCAUCUACGCCCUGAUCACGCUGCCGCCGGUCGAGUUGAACGUCAUAAGUGAUCUCAUGUUCAUCCAAAGAUUCCGUGGCUCCAGUCGGAUGGACGGCGAAACAGCAUACUGUCUUGUCAACCUCGAAGCAGCCAUAUCCUUCCUCGAGACUGUCGACCUUUCCUCCUUACGUGCGAAUGAGCCAGUCAUUCCUGGCAAGGCAGAUUCUAGGCCCUCCACACCAAGAUCAGAAGUGACGCCAAUGGCCCUAGGUCUGUCUGAUGCGCCCGACUUGAUCCAGACUCCAGCUACACCCACUACCAAAGGCCCUGGAAACGAGCCAUCGAGCCCAGUGACGACAAAGGCACAACGCCGAUUGAGUAACUUGAUACAGACACAACAGACCAAGCUCGAGGCUGCCUCAGAUGCCGUGCGCGACUCAAUCCUUGAUUCGGCUGACCAAGCCAUGGGCAGAAUUAAUAGUACACUUGACAGUAGCUUCAAAUUCUUCUUUGGUGGUCUCCGGGACAAGGAUCCGAACAGUCCCAUCACGGAACAGCCAGCACUUCCAAAGACGCUAGAGGAUGCGAGGAAGCUUGUCAGUUCACCCACGCGAAUUGAUGACGACGACGAUGUAUCCAGUGUGGGCGGCGCUAGCUCGACACAAGGAGAUGAUCACGUCGAAGUCUCGAGCAACAAGAGGCUCGAAGCCAAGAUGUCAGACCUGUUCGCUGGUAGAAAGCAAAUCAGGGAACGAAGUGUAGACUCUACACGAUCUAUAGGUAGCGCAAGCGGACGUCGCGUCACAUUUCCGGCCACGGUAGAGGAAAAGACUCCAUCUCCAUCAGCCGUCAAAGCAGAGCCCCCAGCACCGAGUAAUACUUCAGCUGUCGACUCUCUUCGCAACAUGGGCAACAGCCUCAACCCAUUGAACAGAUUUGCAAGCAUCAACGUAUUGCCUCGCUUCGGGCGCACCGUGAGCAGCAGCAGCACUCCUGUUCUCGCUACUCCAGUUGCGGAGCAAGGGAAGCAGUCGCCUUCGCCAGAACCACUGAGCCGAACAGCAACAGGAGAGGUCACUCAAGUGGACGAGAAGGGCGCAAAGGCGAUCGCAGCGAUCGAACAACUGAAGAAGACGCCUCCACCCGUGAAACGGUUUCUUGACGCCAAGGAUGCGCAGGAGCUAAAGUUGAAGGAGGUCGACGAGCUCUUGAAGGAGUACCAACGGUUAGCUACGGCGAUGCGAGGAGCCAUCAACCAUUGA